GACGGGCCUACGCCGGAUCCACCAGUGAAGGAGGAGCAGAGGAGGGACUCCGUUGUUUGCAGUGCCGGCAGCUAGGAAGGAGCGGGUCGGAAUGCAGCGGGUGGCCAGGCUGUUGGGCAAAACGAGGGCCUGGGGUGCGCACGGGCUCCGCGGUUACCACGGCGAGAAGACGGUGACAGUGGGCACCGAGGCUGAGGCCGGUUCCGCUCUCUUCAAGGAAAAUCAUGAAAGAAUGAAGAUAUUAGUGGCAGAAUUGAAUGAACGAACAGAGAAAAUCAGAUUGGGGGGAGGAGAAAAGGCUCGGCAGAGGCACAUGUCCCGAGGAAAGUUGCUUCCUAGAGAACGUAUUGACCAAUUGUUAGAUCCGGGGUCACCUUUCCUGGAGUUUUCCCAGUUUGCGGGUUACCAGCUGUACGGGGAUGAGGAGGUGCCUGCGGGAGGCAUCAUUACAGGCAUCGGAAGUGUAUCGGGGGUUGAAUGUUUGAUUGUUGCCAAUGAUGCGACAGUGAAGGGAGGGUCAUACUAUCCAAUUACCGUGAAGAAACAUGUUCGAGCGCAGGAGAUCGCCAAACAGAACCACCUUCCUUGCAUUUAUUUGGUUGACUCAGGGGGUGCAAACCUCCCACGGCAAGCAGACGUGUUUCCAGAUAGAGACCAUUUUGGACGCAUCUUUUAUAAUCAGGCCGUUAUGUCUUCAAUGGGAAUUGCUCAGAUUGCAGUGGUGAUGGGUUCAUGCACAGCAGGAGGGGCAUACGUACCUGCCAUGGCUGAUGAAAGUAUUAUCGUGAAGAAUCAAGGAACAAUUUUCUUAGGAGGCCCACCUCUAGUGAAAGCUGCAACUGGUGAGGAGGUGUCAGCCGAAGACCUGGGAGGUGCUGAUCUCCACUGCAGAAAGUCUGGUGUUACGGAUCACUAUGCUUUAGAUGACUGCCAUGCUCUCCAUUUGGCACGAAAGGCCAUACAAAGUCUCAACUAUCAGAAGAAACUUGAUGUAACAGUAGAAGCCCCAGAUGAGCCACUUUUCCCCGCUGAAGAGUUAUAUGGGAUAGUUGGUGAUAAUCUGAAGAAAAGUUUUGACAUUAAGGAGGUAAUUGCCAGAAUUGUGGAUGGAAGUAGAUUUCAUGAAUUCAAAGCCUUUUAUGGGGACACAUUAGUUACAGGAUUUGCAAGGAUUUUUGGAUAUCCAGUUGGCAUUAUUGGAAACAAUGGAGUUCUUUUCUCAGAAUCUGCCAAGAAGGGAACACAUUUUAUUGAACUUUGCUGUCAGCGGAAUAUCCCCCUCAUUUUUCUACAGAACAUCACAGGCUUCAUGGUUGGAAGAGAAUAUGAAGCUGGUGGAAUAGCUAAGGAUGGGGCGAAAAUGGUGACUGCUGUUGCAUGUGCAAAUGUUCCUAAAAUCACUGUAAUUGUUGGUGGUUCUUAUGGAGCAGGAAACUAUGGAAUGUGCGGAAGAGCAUACAGUCCAAGGUUCCUCUACAUGUGGCCCAAUGCUCGUAUCUCAGUGAUGGGUGGUGAACAAGCUGCAACUGUUUUAGCUACAAUUACAAAAGACCAACGGGCGAGGGAAGGAAAGGAGUUCUCUGCAGAAGAUGAAAUGGCUCUAAAGGAACCAAUCAUUCGGAGGUUUGAAGAAGAAGGCAGCCCUUACUACUCCAGUGCCAGAGACAGGUUGUUGGCUCUGCACCAGUCCGUUAGCCGCUGCACCUCCUCUCUGUGUGCUGACUCGUCAUUCUUGUUGAUGAGACCCACCACAGUCGUGUCAUCGGCGAACUUGAUGAUGUGGUUCGAGCUGUGUGUUGCAGCACAGUCGUGGAUCAGCAGAACUGUGGGAUGAUGGCAUAAUUGACCCUGCAGACACAAGGUUGGUGAUAGGUUUAAGUCUCAGUGCGGCACUCAAUGCACCCACAAAGAAAACAAACUUCGGAAUUUUCAGGAUGUGAACUUGACUUAUUAUUAGAUGGAAUGUUUCUCAGAUCUCAGCUGUGACCAAGAAGCAAUAGCUAAAAUAUUGUUACAUCUUGUGUAAUAAAGUUUAAGUGUCCAAAACCGUUUGUCUCUUUUUAAAAAUGAGGAUUAUUUUAAAAGCAUCACAUUAUGUUGUUACAUUGGCCAGUGCAUGUCCAAAGCUUGUUGAUUCAGAUUUGGAUGUAGUAGUCAUUGGGAGCUUUGUACGUAACGAUUUUGCUCUGCAUGGAGUCUAUUGUUUGACACCAUUGAUACAGAGAGCCAUGAUGUUUGAUUGAUGCCUGUUAUUUCACUACCACUUGUGUGCAGUCUCUAAUUGAAAGAAAGCAUGUAGUGACUCCUAACUCUUCAGUUUGUCUGUCUUUGUGAUUUAUGAGAUAGGUAUUACCAGGAGAAUUUAUUAAUCAUACACCCCCACCCUUUUUGUGUGACUUUUGGCCUGUCAACUUGGCUUUGGCUGCUUUUAAAACAAUAGCAAUUUGAUUAAAGGAGGAAUUUCUAAUGACUAUUACAUUCAUAUGAAAAAGGUCAGAAGAGGCUGUAUUUCAUUAAUAUUAGUACGCUGGAUUAAAGUGCCUGCUGGCAGAUACUUUUUAAAGACCAUGUGACAUAGGAGGAUUAGGGCAAUCAACCCAUCGAGUAUGCUCUGCCAUUCCAUCACGGCUGAUUUAUUAUCCCUCUCAAACCAUUCUCCAGCCUUCUCCACAUAACCUUUGGCUAAUCAAAAACCUAUCAACUUCUGCUUUGAACACCAUUAGAUUGCUAUUCAUAGGUAAAAUUUGGUGAUAGUUUAGAUAUACAUAUGUUUUCCUUUUGAAAUAUAUGCAGCCUCGCUCUGAGGUGUUCCCUGAUUUGUACAGUGAAGAAGCAAAUUCAAAUGGGCGCAGACGCAAAUUGGUAAACCGAACAAAUGAACUCUAUUGCAGAGAAAUCGGAAGUGAUUCACUUUGAAAUGAAGAAUGGAGGUGACAAAAUAAACUAAAGUAACACACGCAAAAUGCUGGAAGAAUUCAGCAGGUCAGGCAACAUCUAUGGAAAAGAGCAAACAAUAGACGCUUUGGGCCGAGAUCCUUCUUCAGGACUGAGAAGGAAGGGGAAAGAUGCCAGAAAAACGGUGGGGAAAGGAGAAGAAGGACAAGCUAGAAGGUGAUAAGUGAAGCCAGGUGGAUAGAAAAGAUAAAGGGCUGAAGAAGAAGGAAUCUGAGAGGAAAAGAGAGUGGACCAUAGGAAAAAAGGAAGGAGCAGAGAUCAAAAUAAACUAAAUCAUAAUUAUUAAAGAGACCUGGGAUUUUACUGUAUAUCAAUGAUUCAAAAUCAAUAACCUAUAUUAAUGUAAAGGGAAAUGUUAAGGAGACUUUCAUUAUUUUGGUAUUGUAAUCAUCUUUUUUAUAGAAGGUUUUCUUAAAAUUAAUUAUUUAACAUUUUUUAUCAGUAUUACUGACGUCAUAUCAUCUUCAAAGUGUUAAUGAUAUAAAUCCCUGGUCUCUUAAAUAAUUACCACUCUAUUUAUUUUGCCUGUUACAUUCUUCAUUUCAGUGUAGAAUGUAGGGGACAAUUCAGACUGACAGAGAAAGAACAAUUCCCAAAUGUAUGUGCAAAGCUGAAAUCCCCCUUGUUUCCCAUUAAAAGUGCAUUGUAUGUCUGGUGUCAGAAUGCUGAGCUCAGUUAUACAAUUUAUUGUCUGACUUAUUUAGGUACAAUUCUUGUUAGAAUCUGAUUUCCUACCUUUUAUUGACACUGAUUGAACUAUAUUGGUUUGAAAACAGUAAUUAAUAAACAGUAAACACUAAUAAAUAAACUGGAAUCUGAUUUGUGUAGUUGUUUUCACAAUGAAAUAUACCUUAUUGAAAAUACUUUCUCAAUAACACCAUUGGGAAUUCUUGUAGUUAGUUCUACAUAUUAUUUCUGUGCAUGAAUGGUUAACUGCAGCAGAUGAUUACUUGCAUCUCAGUUGAGAGAACCGGAUUACAAACUGCUUGUAUUACUAUUGCUUACCAUCAAGGAUGUUUAAUCAAGAUUCUACCUCACUGUAAAUGCUGUAAUUUCAAAUUCAAUGUUCCUUUGUCAGGAAAUACUUGGUGAUCAAAUGGGGAUAAAGCUUACGAACUGCCAGCAUCUUUGCAAAUGAUUUAAUGAAAUUAAUUUCUCUAUUGAAGAAACUAUUUAUACUCUCCAGUGUAAUUCUUCAUUCAUACAACAGAUGGUUUUGAUGCCUUAACAUUUCACUGUGAAAUUCAUAUUUGCAUAUUUUGAUGAACAGAUCUGAGAAAGUUCGGUGUGAAUAAAUCAUAAAUGUUCAUUAAAUUUAUAAUUUAUAGUAAUUACAA